UGUUUGUUGUGAUAUUUUAGUUCGUGUAGACAAUUCAUGAUUUUAUUCAUUGACGCGGCUAAAUGGGCCUCCGUGACCGAAUGGUUUAAGUUGCUGAUUUUGAAUCACUUGCCCGCACAGAUUGCUUCAUGUGUAGAAUUCUUUGCAUAACGAAGUCAUUCUGCUGAUCUGGACUUUACUUAAUAUCCGCCAAGUACAACAAGGAUGUAGCAAGAGAUCAAACCCCAGACUUCCUGCACUCAAAGCGAACACUCACUGAGGCGGUUCAUCUAAAGUUUCUUUGGAAAAUAAACUCAGCAGCUUCAUUUAGAAGAUCAAGCAUUUGUUGCAUCCUAGCAAAGAAGUUGCAAGAAGAUGGAGGACGUCGAUGAAGGGUUCGGAUCUAACGAGAGUAACCAUAGCAAUCAUAAAGAAACAAUAUUAAAUGAUCUCAAAAUUUUAAAUGGCCAGAGUGUACUUGACAAAAAUACAAAUGGCAAGAAUAUAUUCAAUGGCAACGUGUUUGAAAACUGCAGCAAAAAGGUCGAAGAAAGUCUAGACAUGAACGAUGGUAGUGAAAAAGAUUUAGAUUUAAGGGAAGAUAAAAGCAAUUCAUCUUCGCAGUGUAUAGGAUUUGCUAAUGCACUUAGAGGUCAGCAUUGUGAAGAAAAAGUAGAAAAAACGAAAUCAGAAGAAUUGUGUUACUCCUACUUAAGUAAAGAUACAUUAUCUCCUGCUGAAAACGAUAAUACCAAUUGUUCUUUAAAAGAUAAAGAUAAUGGUUUAGAGGAAUCAAGUAGUAAGUCAUUAUCACAUGAUCAAAGCAAAGAAAAUGAAAUUCCUAAUAAAUGUGAUGACAUUGAGGAAGAAUGUCUAGAUAAAACUCUAAAUGAAAAUCAUAGCAAUAACUUAAAUCCAAAUUCACCAAUAGACAAGAAGAUGAAUGGUGACCUUACAACUGAUGUACAAGAUAAUGAAUUAGAAAAAAGUUGUCUUGAUAAAAUACAAAAUAAUGAAGCAAGUCCCUUGAAUAGGACUCCUAUAAAGCAACGCACCAGUUCAGCUGAAGGCGCAAAAUCUCCAUUCCUUUUAGAUGAUAAAGUAAGAAAUUCUCUGAAAGGUUUAGUUGCAAAGGUAAAGUCAUCUGAACUGUCCAGAGGGAGCAUGAGUCCAUCAGGAUCAUCUGUAAGUGGAGAUGGUGAAGGUCCAGCUACACUUGGCAAGUUACAAGAAGUGAACAGUUCAGAUGAUAUAUCUGUUGAAGAUGAAGAGACUGAAGAUCAUAAUAACAGAGAAGAAGAUGCUGUAAAUGAUUUUAUGGAUAAUACAGAUGAAAAUAUUCUGGCUGAUGAUGAAGAUGGUAUUUCUAUGGAAAUAGGGAGUGAAAAUGAAGAUGAUCUUCUAGAGCUAGCUUCAGAACAUUCCUCAGUCAAAAUGUGCAAUAAUGAAAAGACUGAAACUGCCAUUCUAGGUGAACCUUCAGAAAAAUGUAACACUCAAAAGUCUGCCUUGAUAUUAACCGCUGCAGAAAAGGAAGACACAAAUAGUAGUAGUGCUGUUGAAAUAGAAAUAACAAGUGACAUUGAGGAUGAUACUGUACAAGACUCUGACAAGGAAUACAAGUUUAAACAUGAUUCUGUUGAAAAAAUUCAGUUUGAGGAGGACAGCAAUAGUAAUGGCAAUUCUGGAAAAAUAAAUGAUAUUGUUAAUUUUUUAAAUCGAGAUUUGUCUGGAACAAACUCGCCUCUUUUAACUAGUGAUAAUGUUGUAAAUGAUGACUCAAAUUCAAAACCAAUUAAUAAUGUGCUAACUGAAACUGACAAUGACAAUGUUGAAAAUAAAGAUGACAGUGUUGUUGAAAUGGAUGAAGUUCUUCGCAAUGAAAAGCCUGAUGAUGAUGCAAAUAGCGAAAUGCAAAUUGAGGAAGACACAAUAUCAAAAGAUAGGAUGAAAGAUAAUUUAGAUGAAAAAAUAAAAAAUAUGAGUUCUGUUUUUAAAGAAGACGGACCUUCAUUAGGAGAAUCACAAGAUGUAGAACAAAAGUUAAAAGGGGAAGAGGUUGAAAAUGAUGAAUACGAAAGAAAAGACAAUGAUAGGGAAAUUUUAGAAUCAAAACUACAUACAGAAGAAUGUAAUACUGGUCAGAUAGCUGAACUAGUCAGUGAAAAAAAAGUAGAAGAGAAUGAGGAUGAUGAUGAUGAUGAUGUGAUAUUUGAAGGUACAACAAUGCCUUCCAUGAGAAAUAAGUAUCAGAGAUUACCUUCAUCAGGUUCAGGAGUUGAAAAAAGUGAUUCUGUUUUGAAAUAUUCAAGCGGAAAAUCAAAUAAUGGGAUUGAUGCCAACAAUGAAAGCAAUGAUGAAACUGUCUCAAAAGAAGAAGAUGAUGAUGUGAUAUUUGAAAAAGAAACAAAAGCUGAAAAUAACAAGUCAAAGCAAAACUGUGAUAUUGUAAAGACAUCAGAUGUUAGAAAUGAUGUAAAUGAGAGUAUACAAACUAUUAAUAGCAGUCCUACAUUAGAUAAUACAAAUAAUAAUAAUUCAGAAGAAGUUCAUAGUGCAGAAAAGGUUUCUGUAAUAUAUAGCAGGAACUCUUCUGAUAGAAAACGUUCAGCUGAAGAUAAAGAAUUUAAUGAAAAUGAGUCUAAAAGGUCAAGGCUUGAUUUAACUGGGUUGAUUGGAAAACUUGGAUCACGAGUGGAACCUGCUAGUAUAGAACUUUCAGAUGAUUCGGAAGAAGAAGGUGAUAAAUCUAUGGAUGCAGAAACAGUAACAGUUACAAAUAAAGAUGAGAAUAAAAAGCCAGAAGAAAAUGAAAGAUUGAUCACUGUAACUGAAAAGGAAUUAGAGGAACUGGUUAGAGAGAAAGUUAAAGCCUACCUGACCUCGCAGCGUGACACACUGGUUGCCAAGCUCAGUCAGAAAGUGAAGGAACUUCAGCAGAAUAAUGACCUUUGGAAAAGACAAGUGAAGGACUUACAGGUCAAGGUCAACGAUGUUACAGUAUUACAGCAAAAACUGGAGAAAAGAAAAGCUGCCACAGCUGCUCUCAGGCAAAUUACAACGAGAAAUGUUGCUGUGCAGGUGGAUGAAGGACGGACAAUGUCUGCUAAUGCUGUGUUAAAGCAGAUGUUAGCGGUGAAAAUGAGCCGAGAGCCCACCACUUCCUCAACAACACCAGGCAACCUUUUCGUAUCCUCGACUGCAAGCUCAAAGACGCCAAAAGUGAGUUUGACUCCACCACGUGUAACGACACAACUGCCUCUUGUCACAGCUCCUGGGGGAAAUGGCACAAUUCGACUUCCCAUUCCACAGUCAUCUAUUGCACCAGCAGUUUUAAGCACUCACCUUGCACAGGGCUCUAAAAUGGUGACAACCACUUACCAGACUCCGUCAGUGAAGAGCUUGUUAGAUACAACACGGGUACAGAAAACAGUUGGAUCAUUGCCUUCAGCAACAACAACAGUUAACACAUCCAUGUUUGGACUUCUGCAGUAUCCAGCAACGUUUGUGCCUAAAGCGGCUACCUCUCAGGGAUUGGUACAACAAACUGUGACUCAAGUCACAACACAAACUACUUCAAGUGUGUCAAAAACUGUGUCAGUCACUAAAACAGUGACUUUACCUUCGCCAAAUGCUGCUAAAGUUAUAGAUCUCACUGAUGAUGAUGAUAGCACAAAAACUAGACUGGUUACAUUACAGCCAGGUUUAAAUACAGUUACAAACCAGCAAGGUGUUCGGCAUGUUUUAGCACCACCUGGAACACAACUUGUGCGCACAGGACUGCCAAAUCAGCCAACAUAUCAGCUUGUGUUCAGUUCACCGCCAGCUAUCAGGCCUGGAAUGGUUAUGACGGUGGCCUCAACCCUGCCACAAACCACUACCAUACUGCAGACAGUAGGGCAGUCUCAAACAUUGGUUAACCUUAGUUCUCCUACUGCUGUAGCGCCUGGUACCACCUUGGCACGAGCUGCUGUGCCAGCCACUCCCACCACACCAAAGCCACCUUCUAACACACAUCCAGCUCCAUUUCCAGCACUUCCACCCAAACAACAAACUACCGGUCUCAAAGGACUACCACCAAAACCUAGUCUUAAAAUAUCCAGAGUCAGUCAAGGUAUAGUACUAUCAUGGAAUAUGGCAUUGAAUGACACCUAUGCUGAGAUAUCUAACUAUCAGUUGUUUGCAUACCAAGAAACUUCAGCACAACCUGUCUCAACACUUUGGAAAAAGGUUGGAGAUGUAAAAGCUCUUCCGUUACCAAUGGCGUGUACUCUAACACAGUUUCAGGUCGGGAACAAAUACCACUUUGCUGUACGAGCCAUGGAUUCUCACAACAGAGUUGGGGCAUUUAGUGACCCUGGCUCCAUACAUCUUACUCCUAACACACCUACAAAGUAAUAAACUAUAAUCCCCACUCCAAAACUAAAUUAUGGGUUAUUUAAAAAAAAUGGAAGAAACAAAAGGAAAAAGAUCAAUACAAAAAUUUUCAAAUGGCCUUGAAGUUUACAUUGAAGUGGUAAAAAUAAACAGAUAUAAAAGAAAUAGUAUGAGGAUGAUACCAGACGGAGUUGAAGACACACCUAGAAAAUUGUACAUCUAUUUUUACAGGUGUUACCAUAGACAAGCAAAAGAAAAGCCACUUCACUGCGCUACUGCAUUCUUUGUUGACAAGUUUGUUUGCCUCGCGUCACUUCCUUUCUAAAGGUUUUAUUCUGUAACUUACAUAAUAACGUAUAUAUAGAGUUACACAAACUUUGAUGUGUCCUUGUCCUGUCAUACAAUCACUAAACAAGAUUUACACUUCUUUAGUACUUUGGAAUGUGGGUUUACGGCAUUUUUUUUACCUUUGUUUGUCUGUAGAUAGGCGUCGAUAAUAGAGCAGUUAUAAAUAUUGGCAGCUAUUUGUACUGGCUGUGUUAAUAUUGUGUAGUCAAAUUGUUUUUGUUGAAAAAAAAAGAAUUAUACAAUAUGGCCAAAAUACAGGUUGAUUCCAUAAAUGUGGUCCUAGCUCGCUGAGCCAUUUUUUUUAAAAACAUUCUAUAUUGAAACAAUAUAGUUUUAAGUUAGGACAAGUAAUCUGAGACAACGAUUUUUGUUAAAUACUCUCAAGCGUUAUCAAGUGUACUGUAUCUUAUACCUCGUGUUAUUUUGAUUUUUUUUACCACUUGAUCUUGAUUUAAAUUCGCAAUUGAGGAAGUUUUGAUAAAAGUUAAAACUUGUAAAAUAUAACAAGUGUAAACAAGUGAAAGCUUAUGACGCUUUAGUUAUACAUGUGGGUAUUUCUUUUUAGGUUCAAUAUAUUAUAUCAGCUAGUUCUUAUCCUCGUUUCUGCCAAAAAAAAUAAGGUGGUUAUGAGUUUUUUUUUAAUUUUAUCAUUAUUAUGUUUGUUCUGUAUCGAAAGAAGGAAGUGUGUGUGUGUCUUUACAUGUGUAUUGUACAAAUUAAACCACACUUUUGUGUUGGUAUCAUUUUAUAUAUAGUAAGAUAUUUUAUGUUGUCAGUUGUAUAUAAAGAUGCAUUUUUACCAUGUUGUCUUAUAGAUAUAACAAAUUUUAUUACGUAUAAAGAAGCAGUUAAGGAUGACCUUGGGAUUUGUUCUAAUUGAAAAAUGGGAUGAAGACCUGCAAUUUUAAAAGGCAAAUCGUCAGAAAUUUGAUUUGGAAAAUAUUUUUGAAAGUACGGUCAGAAAAAAAAGAGAAAUUUGUUCAACUCGGUACUUAAAUUCCCGUUUGUUCGAUUAUCAGGAGCAUGGUGAUAAGUAAGUCAUUGGUUCCCAGCAUUAUGUCACUAUGAUAUUGGAGAACUGAGCAGAAGCUGGGUCUCUCCAUCGGAUAUCACAGGUAUUCCACAAAGUCCGCUGAAAAUGCAACCUACUCUGGGUGUUGUAGGAAUAUUUUGGAACAUUUUAGUGAGGUACUAUGUAUACUAACCAUACAGCUGAACUUCUAUAUCCAUGACAGUUUUACCCAUUUUAUGUAAGGACAUAAAAUUAUCAAAGGGUACUAUGUAUCUGAUAAACACGUUUGGGUUCAUUUAAACGGCAGCUGACUGUAUUGUUAAUUCUUGUGUAAAUCGGUCUUGAUUGAGGUCAUCCUUGUAUUGCAGUGAAAUUGAUACUUAAUAAAUUUCUUAAAUUUUA